AACAGGAGGCCGCGGCGUCGCCCGCACUCCAAGAAGCCCUUCCCGGAGGCCGGCGCGCCCAGCCGCUCUUUCCCAUCCGCGGCGCCGCUCCCAAGUGCGGGAUUAUGUUCGUCUCCUUCUCCCUGUGCUCCAUCGUUUGGCUGAAUCGUGGCUUCAAGCUCAGGAAAAGGGGCUGCACUUAAGUGCGCGGGGCCUCCCGCGCCGGGGUCCCGCCUCGCGCAGAGCCGCCGGCAGCCCAUGGGCGAGAGGUGCCCCUGAGGUGCCAACGAUCCCCCCGCCGAGGAUGGGCAGCACCGACGGCUUCCAGUACCGCGCGCUCUACCCCUACCGCAAGGAGCGCGACGAGGACAUUGACCUGGCGCCCGGGGACAUCUUGGUGGUGAGCAAGGGCGCCCUGCAAGCCCUGGGCUUCAAGGACGGCGACGAGCAGGCGCCCCACCAGAUCGGGUGGAUCCUGGGCGUCAACGAGCGGACCAAGCAGAAGGGAGACUUCCCCGGCACCUACGUGGAGUACGUGGGGCCCGUGAAGAUCUCCGUCCCCGCGCACCGGCCCCGCGUGCAGAGGCCGCUGCCCGCGGCGCCGGCUGCCGGUGCCGGCCGCUUGCCGGAGGCUCCGGAGCAAGGAGCUCCUCUCCUGGAGCUGCAGGAGCAGUUCGGCCCUCCGGACGUCGCUCCGCCGUUGCUGCUGAAGCUGGUGGAAGCCAUCGAGAGGAAAGGGUUAGACAGUGAGAUGCUCUACAGGACGGCUGGCUCCGAGCUGCGGCAGGCUCUGAAAAACGAUUGGAGCCUGGGCGACCUGGAGCCCUUCGACGUGCACGCGCUGAGCGAGGCGCUGCGGGGCUACCUGCAGGACCUGCCGUCCCCCGUGGUGCCCGCGGCCGCGCACGGAGACCUCCUGCGCAUCCUGCAGGAGAUCCCGCAGGCGGAGAACUGUCGGAAGCAGCUGCUGCUGGCCCUGGAGUGCCCCGCGGUGCCGCUGCAGAACGCGCUCACCCUGCAGUUCCUGCUGCGGCACCUGGGGAAGGUGUCACAGCAGGCAGAGAGCAACGGCCUCCACCCUCGGGCCCUGGCUGAGAUUUUCGGCCCGCUUCUCCUCCGGCUGCCUGGCCCCAGCCCCGAGCUGAGCCCUGACUUCCCUGUGCUCUUCCUGGAAACGCUCCUGCAGACCAAGGAGUUGGAGCAGGAGCAGUUGCCUCCAGCUCUGCCUCCGAAACCGCCCAAGCCAAAGCCGAGCGCGGCCAGCCUGGCCAACGGGAGCAGCGUGUCCUUGCAGGACGCCGAGUGGUACUGGGGUGACAUCUCCCGGGAGGAGGUGAACGAGAAGCUGCGGGACACGCCGGACGGCACCUUCCUGGUGCGCGAUGCCUCCAGCAAGAUCCAAGGGGAGUACACGCUCACGCUCAGGAAGGGAGGCAAUAACAAGCUCAUCAAGAUCUUCCACCGGGAAGGGAAGUACGGCUUCUCGGAGCCGCUGACUUUCGGCUCCGUGGUGGAGCUCAUCACUCACUACCGGCACGAGUCGCUCGCCCAGUACAACGCCAAGCUGGACACCAGGCUGCUCUACCCCAUCUCCAAGUACCAGCAGGACCAGGUGGUCAAAGAGGACAGCGUGGAGGCCGUGGGGGAGCAGCUGAAGGUCUAUCACCAGCAGUACCAGGACAAGAGCUGGGAGUACGACCUGCUCUACGAGGAGUACACCCGCACGUCCCAGGAGCUGCAGAUGAAGAGGACGGCGAUCGAGGCCUUCAACGAGACCAUCAAGAUCUUUGAGGAGCAGUGCCAGACGCAGGAGAAGUGCAGCAAGGAGUACAUCGAGCGCUUCCGGCGCGAGGGCAACGAGAAGGAGGUGCAACGCAUCCUCAUGAACUCGGAGAAGCUCAAGUCUCGCAUCACAGAGAUCCACGACAGCAAGAUGAAGCUGGAGCAGGACCUGAAGAAACAGGCCUCGGAGAACCGCGAGAUCGACAAGCGCAUGAACAGCCUCAAGCCCGACCUCAUGCAGCUGCGCAAGCUGCGGGACCAGUACUUGGUGUGGCUGACGCAGAAGGGAGCCCGACAGAAGAAAAUCAACGAGUGGCUGGGCAUCAAGAAUGAGACGGAGGACCAAUACUCCAUGAUGGACGACGAGGAGGAGCUGCCGCACCACGAGGAGCGGACGUGGUACGUGGGCAAGAUCAACCGGCUGCAGGCGGAGGAGAUGCUGUGCGGCAAGCGCGACGGCACUUUCCUCAUCCGCGAGAGCAGCCAGAAGGGCUGCUACGCCUGCUCCGUGGUGGUGGACGGCGACACCAAGCACUGCGUCAUCUACAAGACGGCGACGGGCUACGGCUUCGCCGAGCCCUACAACCUGUACGCCUCGCUCAAGGAGCUGGUCCUGCACUACAAGCACACGUCCCUGGUGCAGCACAACGACUCGCUGAAUGUCACCCUGGCUCACCCGGUGCUCGCCCAGGCGCCCGCCCGAUGAGGCGCUGCGUCGGCCGCCUCCAGCUGCUCCCCGGGGCGCCGCUUUCUGGCUCCAGCCUCUCGCACCCUGUGUAGUGGAGUCUGUGCUCCUGCCCCUGCAGAGCCUCUGAGAUGUGUGUGACCCUUCCUGGUGUCCCUUGUUGGUCAGUAGCUGAAACCCGGGGGGGCUGGCGGGCCACAAGGGCUGCGCUCCGGCGGCCAGGAGGCGGGAUGCACUUGGGAUGGAGCCGCCGUGGGGGAGCGCAGCCCCCUUUGCCCUUCCUCGUGAGCAGGUGAGACCCCCUAUGUGCACUCUGGAGCGGCUCAUCCCGCCCGCUCCGCUCCAGAACCUCCCUGGAUCCGCUGGCACCGAGGGCUGCAGCAUCUGCGUCCUCCGCUCUCGCUUCCUUCAGCCAUCCCGAGCCGGGGUCGGCACCAGGGGCCCCGCUCUUCCCUGCAGAGACUCCCAAGCCUCCCCGGCCCUGCCUCCUUCCCUGAUCCCAACUCUGAGCGCUGCUGUCCGGGCCGGGAGGCUCCCUCGGUGCCAGGCUCUGAGGCGCCUCUUGGUGCCCGUGUGUCUCCUGGCAGGACUUACAGGCCCCAUCCCUGCAUCCCUGCGUCCGCAGCGAGUCUCCUCCGCCAGCAUCACCCAUCGAAGCCGCCCGGAGCCCGGUAACCCCACAGCUACCAUGGGGUAACCCCACGACCGUGGCUGCCGUCGUCAUUCCACGGCCUCGGCGCCGCAUCCGCCCCGCCUGGAACGACGCACGCAGAGCACUUAGAACCACAAGUACUGUGCCGGGGGCACGGGGCAAGGAGGAGCUGGCGCUUCCAGGGCGGCCAGAGCGGCGGAGCCAUCCCUGCGGCUCCGGCAGCGCUUCCCUGCUGGAGAGGGUGCUGCGAGGUGAGGGCAGCGUUGGCAUCGGCUUCGCUGGCUUCCUGUGGCAUUAACUGUCCCGCGGGCUCCGCUGUCCCCGGCUUGUCCCGGGCUGCAGCUGCUCCCGGUUUUGGCUCGUGCGCUGGCACGGGGACACAGCGGGUCUGUGCGUGGCUGCCUGUGUCCCCUAGGGCCACCGGGGAUCCUGCUGUCCCCUGGGCUGCUCCCGCGGCACCGAGACCGGAGCUGCUGCUGCCGCGCAGCCCUCGGGGCUGCUCUCCCUUCCCUGCUCCCCUUCCCGGCUCCCGCCUCUCUCCAGCCCUGCGGGGCCCUUCAGGGCCCUGGCUCUGUCCUUUGGUGCUAUUGAGGUGCAACGUGGCAGCUCCCGGAUCCCGGGCAGCUCCGAGGGCGCAGGGAGAGGCCGGGCUGGGGGCAGCCGCGUGCGGGAACAUCCCGUCCCGUCGCAUCUUGCCAUGUCCUGGCGUGUCCUGACACGUCCCGCUGUGUCCCGGGAAACACGGCCGCUCCUCGUUCCACCCAUCCCGCAUGCAACAACAGGGACGAGUCCCUGGGGCGGCCGCCUCUUCCCUGCUCCAAGGAGCCCAGGGAACCGCGGCCUCUCUCCCGCCUCCACACGGAGGCCGGAGCCCCGGGCGGCCGGACCUUCCCCUUCGUCCUCUGC